AAAAGAGGGAGGAGAGUGAGAGUGAUAGAGAAAGCAGAGAGAACAGAGACAUAACUGGAGGCCAUGGCGUCAUCUCCAAUUUGGCUCACAUUGCUUGGAUUCCUCGUCUUGGGUUUUGUCGGCGGCUUGGGGUGGAUUGGAAGCCAGAAUCGCGACGUCUUGAGUCAUGAUCGGCCUUCGAUGAGGAGCUUGAAGGAUGAAUCCACCAUGCGCAGCAACUUGUCUUCCAUUCAAUCAAAGAGGGCGCUGCAGAAGGAGGUGGAGGGAGCCGUCGAAUAUCCAGAGUUGGUCGCUUCAAUGGUCCACAUGGCCAUCAACAACAGCAUGGUGCGCCGGUCACUGAACUACCUUUCCUGCGGAACUGGAAACCCCAUCGACGACUGCUGGCGUUGCGACCCUAAUUGGCACAAAAACCGCAAGCGUCUCGCCGACUGCGGCAUCGGCUUCGGCCGCAACGCCAUCGGCGGCCGCGAUGGCCACUACUACGUUGUUUCAGACCCCAACGAUUAUGACCCCGUGAACCCAAGGCCAGGCACCCUCCGCCACGCCGUCAUCCAAGAGGAACCCUUAUGGAUCAUUUUCAAGCGCGAUAUGGCCAUCAGAUUGAAACAAGAGCUCAUCAUCAACAGCUUCAAGACAAUUGAUGGCCGCGGUGCCAACGUCCACAUUGCUAAUGGAGCUUGCCUGACUAUCCAGUUCGUCACCAAUGUUAUAAUCCAUGGAAUUCAUAUUCACGAUUGUAAGCCUACAGGAAACGCCAUGGUGCGAAGCUCGCCUUCGCAUUAUGGGUGGCGUACUAUGGCUGAUGGAGACGCUGUGUCUAUAUUUGGUUCCAGUCAUAUUUGGGUGGAUCACUGCUCGCUUUCACGUUGUGCGGAUGGGCUUGUGGAUGCUAUCAUGGGAUCAACGGCUAUCACCAUUUCGAACAAUCACAUGGCUCACCACAAUGAAGUGAUGCUUUUGGGGCACAGCGAUUCCUACGAAAGGGACAAGGCGAUGCAGGUCACCAUCGCUUUCAACCAUUUUGGCGCAGGGCUCAUUCAGAGGAUGCCAAGAUGCCGUCACGGUUACUUCCAUGUGGUUAAUAAUGACUACACUCACUGGGAAAUGUACGCCAUUGGUGGAAGCGCAAACCCCACCAUCAACAGCCAGGGCAACCGCUACCUGGCUCCUAUUGAUCGGCAUGCAAAGGAGGUAACAAAGAGGGUGGAGACAUGGCAGAGCGAGUGGAAGAACUGGAACUGGAGAUCCGAAGGGGAUCUAUUUCUUAACGGUGCCUAUUUCGUGCCAUCAGGUGCAGGUUCUAGUUCAAGCUACUCAAGGGCGUCCAGCCUAGGCGCCAAGUCUUCCUCCAUGGUCCACCUUAUUACUUCCUCAGCCGGCCCUCUUUCAUGCCGCCGAGAUCAUCUAUGCUAAGUUUUCCUUUUACCUCCAUCCAGUGAGCUACAGAUUACACAUUACCGUUUACUAGUCUUUUUUGUUAGCAUUUGUGGUUACAGUCACAGUAUUACUGGGUUGUUUAGUGGGUCGGUCCAAGCCAUUGUUGUCCUCCGACAUGCCGACCUCCGCCGGAUCCCGCCGUCACUCGGCGUGGAGCGGUUGCGGAAGCGUUGUCGGAUUAUUUGCUUGCUCCUUUUAUUUUACUUGGAGUCUUUCUUUCUUUCAUUCUUCAUGUUUUUUGGGUAUUAUUUUGCCAUUCCUCUCUUAUAUGAGCAUUUGCUCAUUUCUAGUAUCUUAUACCUGUAUUUUAG